AUGCACCCCCGGAUUAACCUUCCGCCCCUAACCAGGGCCAUCAUCGUCGUCGAACUCUGUCUGUCGCUCAUCGCCGGCGCCCUCCGCUAUAGUGCUUGGGUCUCCCGUGCCGCUGCAAACAACAAUGCUGCGCCGCUAGGUUCCCCUCCACCGGAAUUCCUGGCUUCGACACGCAUUCAGUAUCUCACUGUCGUUCCGGCGCUCAGCAUAAUAUACCCGUGGACUCUUGUGACGGCAUCGUUUGUGGAGGCGAAUAUCUUUACGCUGGUUAUUACCCUUGCUACUUUCUUUUAUGGAGGGAAGUACCUGGAGAGAGCGUGGGGAGGGAGUGAGUUUGCAAAGUUCUUGGGUGUCGUGUGUGUCGUUAGCAAUGUGGUCGCGCUCGGGGUCUAUGUGAUUUGGUAUGCAGUGACAGGAAGUAUUGAGAGAAACUUUACAUCUAUCUCUGGUGGCGUCGCCUUCCAAGCUGGAUUCUUGGUAGCGUUCAAGCAAUUGGUUCCGGAGCAUACUGUUACACUCUUCAAAGGCAUCAUCAAGAUGCGAGUCAAGCACUUCCCUGCCCUCUUCCUCCUCUUUACUUUCAUCUCCGGUCUAAUAAUCGGCACCGACGUCGCUGCUAUCCUCGCAAUAAACGGCUUCUUCACCUCAUGGGUCUACCUCCGCUUCUUCAAGAAACAAUACGUCGACCUCUCAGCUUCCCAACCAACCUCCCUCCGCGGUGAUGCCUCAGAAACAUUUGCAUUCGCGCAUUUCUUCCCAGAUAGGAUGUAUCCGGUCGUAUCUCCCAUCACAAACAUGGUUUAUGCGGCUUGCGUAGCAAUGAGGCUUUGCACACCCUUCUCGGACGAAGAUGUACAGGCAGGAAACAACAGGGUUGUGGCACAGAGCACUGCUGGCAUGGGAGGUUUUGCAGGUAUUCUGGGACCUCCAGGUGGAAGGUUAUCGGCUGCGAGACAGGAGGCAGAAAGGAGGAGAGCAUUAGCUUUGAAGGUUUUGGAUCAGAGGUUACAAGCUGCUACUACCGUUGGAGGUAGGAGUGGAGGGGAAGUACUAGGAGGUACGAGCUUUACGCCGGAAGAAGGAGAAGGUGGUAGAAGUGCGGGACAGUCGUAA